GCUCGCCCCAACUCUUCGUCGGCCCAUCCUACCCCAUGGUUGUCGUAUCUGCGCCCGGCAAAGUGCUGCUCGCGGGCGGUUACCUCAUCCUCGACCGGCCGCACACGGGCACGGUGCUCGCGCUCGACGCGCGCUUCUUCUCUGCAGUCGAAAUGCGCCCGCCUGCCGCGGCCGCGCUCCCGGGCGAGGUCGAGGUCUCCGUGGCGAGCCCGCAGUUUGGCGAGCUUCGCCACUACGUCUAUUCCUCUGGCCCGGCGGGCGAGGACGCGUCGCUCCGUCCCGCCGCCGGCACCGCCGCGCAGCCGCCCAAUCGCUACGUCGAGGUGCCGCUCCUCUACGCCAUCACUGCGGCCCGCGCGCUCGCCGCCGCCGCCGCGCCGGCCGGCUCGGAGCCCGUGCCGUCGCCGCCGCCGCUCGCGCUAGAGGUGACGCUGGCGGCGGACAACGGCUUCUACUCGCACAUCGCGGAGCUCCGCGCGCGCGGCCUGCCGCUCACCGCCGAGUCGCUCGCAUCGCUUCCGCCGCUGCUGCGCCCUGCGGCGGGGGACAACGGCGACGUUGCAAAGACAGGCCUCGGCUCGUCAGCAACCCUGGUCACCUCUCUGGUCGCCGCGCUGCUGCACACCCUCGGCGCCAUCUCGCUGCCGGAGCCGGGCGGCCCGCCGGCGGCGGCGGCGCAGCCUAAAUCGCACGAGAGGGAGGAGAGGGAGCUGGCCAUGCUGCACGCGCUGGCGCAGGUGUGCCACUGCGCGGCGCAGGGCAAGGUGGGCUCCGGCUUCGACGUCUGCGCCGCCACCUUCGGCUCCCACCGCUACUGCCGCUUCUCGCCCGCCACGAUCCAGCCGCUGCUCGGGCUCGCGGAAGGCGCCGCGCCGCCGCCGGCGCUGCUGCUCGGCGCCAUCGGCAGCGCGGGGCGCGCGCCGGCGCUCGACCACGAGGCGGAGCCCUUCCAGCUGCCGCCCGGCGUCGAGGUGAUGAUGGCCGACGUCUGCUGCGGCGCGCCAACCCCCGAGGAGCGCCGUCCCCACCCGAGUCCCGCCCGCUCCACCGCGAGUUGUGAUUCCGUCACAGGCGCGCACACGCCGUCGAUGGUCAAGUCGAUCCAGCGGUGGCGCGGCGAGGACGGCGCGGCCAAAGGUUUGUGGUCGCGGUACGCGUCGCAGUCCGCGCGGCUGCAGGCGUCGCUGCGGCGGCUGGCUGCGCUGCACGGGAGGUACGUGGCGGACGGGCGGGCAGCGCAGUGGCUCGAGGCUCUCGCGCGGCUGGGCGGGAUGGCGCCCAAGGAGUGGUUCGUCGAGGCGUCGCUCGACGGAUGCGAGCUCGCGACGGCGCUCAACGAGGUGCGCAACGCGUCGCUCGAGCUCCGCACGCUCGUCCGCUCCAUCUCGACGGCGUCGGGCGUGCCUGUGGAGCCAGCCGCGCAGACCCGGCUGCUCGACGCGACGAUGCAGCAGCGCGGCGUGCUGAUGGCGCUGGUCCCGGGUGCGGGUGGCCACGACGCCGUCCUCGCCCUCGUCCUCCCCUCCGCCCCCCCUCCCGCCGGCCUGCUCGCCACGCGGCAGAGAGUCUCCUCCCUCUGGCGCGGCUGGGACGACAAGGGCGCCGACGCGGCGGCGGCGCCCGUCUGCGAGCUCCCGGUCAAAGAGUCGAAGUCCGUCUCCGGCGGGCACAACGGCGUGCGCAUCGAGGGCGCCGCCGCUGCCGCGUUGCUCCGCCGCGCCGCCGCGCCGCUGCGAGGCGAGACCGCAUUGAGCGGCGGGAGGCAGACCCUGGUGGUGGGCUUGGCCGCCGUCGUCGCCGUCGCGGCGGUUGCGGCGGCGGCGCUGCAGUUGCGCAAGCGGUGAGCGGGCUUGCCGGCCGAUGGAGGCGGCUCGCGCUGCCGCAAAGGCAAAGCCCGGAUUAAAAGAGCGGAAUCUCACUUCACAUUCACUGUGCUCGCUCACUGACACUGUGGGACACUGCGGUGCUGGUGAUUUUACUGCGGAUCCUCUUGCACUGAAUUCUGAAAUAUCGAA